AUGACUUCAAUACACAAACAGGUCGGCCAGCUCUUCGCAGUGGGCUUUCAUGGUCUAUCUCCCAGCCCCGAGAUAAAGACGUUGAUCCAUGACUAUCAUCUCGGCGGCAUCGUGUUGUUUUCACGGAACUUUGAAAGUGCAGAACAGAUCCAGACCUUGACACAUGAUCUGCAAAAAGAGGCCAAGCUAGCGGGCCAUCAGCGACCGCUGCUAAUCGGCAUCGAUCAAGAAAAUGGAUUUGUGACUCGCAUCUCCCCUCCGGUCGCUGCCCAAGUACCAGGGCCCAUGGCUCUUGGAGCAACGCAUGACCCGGAAUGUGCCUACAGUGCGGGGAAAGCCACAGGCGAGACGUUGAGUUUCUUCGGAAUCAACAUGAACUAUGCGCCCGUCUGCGACAUCAACUCGGAACCGCUGAAUCCGGUCAUUGGGGUGCGCAGCCCGGGUGAUGACCCCGAGUUCGUGGGUCGGUUUGCGAGUGCCGCUGCGCGGGGGCUGCGGGAGCAGAACAUCGUCCCGAGCGUGAAGCAUUUCCCGGGCCAUGGAGAUACAGCGGUGGACUCCCAUUAUGGGCUUCCUGUGAUUCCGAAGACAAGGGACCAACUGGAGCGGUGCGAGUUGAUACCGUUCCGACGGGCUGUGGCUGAGGGGAUUGAGGCGGUCAUGACUGCUCAUAUUUCGUUGCCGUGUAUUGACCUGACGCGUCCCGCGACGCUUUCGGCCAAGGCGUUGAGUAUUCUGCGCAAGGAUAUGGCAUAUGAUGGUAUGGUAAUCACGGAUUGUCUGGAGAUGGAUGGCAUCCGGUCUACAUUCGGCACUGAAGAAGGGUCGGUGCUAGCCUUGCAAGCUGGCAGCGAUAGUCUCAUGAUCUGUCAUACAUUCGAGGUGCAGUUGGCUUCGAUCAAGCGGGUGUGCGAAGCUGUCAAGUCUGGAGAGAUCGAUCAGACACGAAUGGCGGAUGCUUAUCGCCAUGUCGCGGCCGUCAAGGACAAAUUCUUGACAUGGGAGUCUGCCCUUCGACAAUCUGAUCUGACAGGUCUCAGCGCGCUCAACACAAGGAUCGCGGAGAAGACAAUGGAUAUAUACUCUCGCUCGACGACGCUCGUUCGAGACAAGAACGAUAUUCUCCCGCUGUCCAAGACUUCAAUAAUAAUCUUCCUCUUCCCUGGCGAUAAAAUCCCUGCAGGGGGAGCUGUUGAUGGCGAAGGCAUGGGAAGACAGGGAUCUUUCAACGCCAGAAAAUACCUCGACGUUCUUCGCCAGCACAACAACUCCAUCGCAGAGAUCAGAUAUGGCACCGCCGGUCUGACUGGGGAACAAUGGCAGGUCAUUGACGUGGCAGAUGUUGUCAUUUUUACUUCUCUCAAUGCCCGAGAGUCCCCAUACCAAGAGUCUCUAGGACUCGAGCUUGCACAGCGAGUUCGAUCGCUAGUCCACAUCGCCGCGUGCAACCCUUAUGACUUCCUCGAUGCCCCCAGUGUGAAAACAUACAUCACCACUUAUGAGCCGACCAUCGAGUCUUUUUCAGUCGCUGCUGAUAUCAUGUUUGGUACACUGAUUCCGACGGGUGCUCUUCCGGUCGGACCUAGUGCUUUGAUGAAGACGUCUGCAAUGUUGGCACAGUUCGACGCUCAGAAUGAUCUUGACGGAACCAUCCGUGUCUGGAACGAAGCUUUACCGAGCUAUAUAAUUCCGUCAGAAAGUCUGAAGUCUCUGAUUGUGCGUCCAAAUGGUCACCAUUUCGUCGCCCGCAUUGGAUCGGAAGUAGUAGGCUUCUGUCUAGCAUACACCAAUGCUCACGGCGACCCGAACACUGUUCACAUUGCAGCCCUCGCCGUACUACCCAGUUAUCAACGGCAAGGUGUUGGAAUUGCCCUUCUAGAAGAGACCCGUGCUCACUUCCGGUCGAAAUUUGGCUUCAACAGUGUGAAGCUGGGCAGCUCAUUCCCUCGCUUCUGGCCUGGUAUUCCACAAGAUCUUCCAGAAACAGUGCAACAUUUCUUCAUCCACCGGGGAUUCCGACUCAGCCCUCCAACCGCAAGAUCGGUUGAUCUGUAUCAAGACAUACGGAACUUCCAAUCACCAGAAAAGUAUAUCAGCCGCGCCAAAAAGCGAGGAUUCCAUUUCCGACCACUAAAACAAGAAGAUUAUGAAGCUUGUAUCGUUGGUCAACGACGCAAUUUCUCUGAUAAAGCGGGCUGGGUAGAAGCCUAUAUCAAAUUACUCCCCGAGCAGUACCCCGAUAGCAUCAUGACAGCAUUCGAUUCUGAAGGGAAACAAGUCGGCUGGACAUUAAUGCUGGGACCAUCAGAAACCCUCAACACGACGUGGGCAUUUCCACAAACGUGUGGCCCGAAGACGGGAUUGAUAGGCGCCGUCGGGAUCGACGAGCCUUACCGCAAGUCCGGCAUUGGACUGGCGAUGAUCUGUCACGCAGUGGAGAACAUGAAGAAGCGAGGCAUCGAAGGCGUAUUCGUCGAUUGGGUAGCUCUGGACGGCUGGUAUGAGCAGGUCGGCUUCCAGACCUGGCGAAGCUAUCGACCAGGGGAGCUCUGA